CAAUGCUUGAGGAGGCUCUGGCUGAAACUGACCCAGAAGGUGUUUACUACGACCUUCUUCAGUUCCUUCUGGGAGCAAUACUCAGGACACACAUGGAUGAGGAGGAGGAAGAAGGACUUGAAAACUCUCAUAAUCCACUUGAUUUAGAUGAUGAAGAUAAUCACACUGCAAAGGUGUCAGCAUCAGCUGCAAURGCUGCAGUAUGGCCCAUGCUUCACCAGGGAAAACCUCUUCAUGAGUUGAUCAUGGAUCCAUACACAUGUACAGAACUACUGAGGCUUCAUCUUCUUUCCUCYGGAGCUCGAGUUGGUUGYGGGGAUGCUGAGUACCGAUGGCAGAGUCGUGGUGGUUUCACAUAUGCUGAUGAYGUUGGUGUAGAGUUUCGUCAUCGUGAGCCUGGUAUCAUGAAAUACCUGAUGACUGGUUCAGUCUAUGACCUUUCUGCUGAUGAAAAGCUCAAGAUUCUCUCAGCUUUGUGUGGUCAACUCAUGACUUAUGCUACCUCCAGAGAAUUUGUUGAAGAUGGUUUUGACAAGCUUAAGAAGGCUCGUCGUGAAUGGAUUUCUGAUCAGUGGGCUGAACAGAGAAGAGAGAAAGAAGAAGCAGCUGCUCGAUAUCGUAAACGACAAGAAGAACGAAUGAAACUAAAGGAAGAAAUAGAGAGAAAGAAAAAAGAAAAAGAGAAUGAAAAGAAYCAAGAGGAUGGGAAAGAUGGCAAGCAAAACAGUAAAGAUUCGAGUGUCCAAGAGGAAGCCAAGCAGGAGACGACUAAAGAAUCAAAGAAAGGCAAAGGCAAGAAAAAAGGAAACAAAGAAACGGAAAAGGUUUCAGAAGAUAAAGGAAAAGAUGUAAAUAAAUCAAAUGAGAAGCCUGUUGAAGAUGACAAAACGAAACAAGACGAGCCAGCUGUACUAACGAAAGAGGAAGAAGAACAAAUCGCGUUACAAAAAAAAGUCGACCGUGAACGCCGAGAACAGGAAUACCUCGAAGAAACGCGAAAAGCAGUAGCCAUGAGUAGUAUUCAGCCUUUAGGACGAGAUAGAAUCUAUCGUCGUUACUGGUCGUUUAGGUCUGUCAAAGGUCUGUACGUGGAGGAAGAUGAUCCUGAUUUACCACUGUUUUUGGAGACUAUAUUUGAAGAAGAAGAAAACUGUGAGGAUGAUGGAGAAAAAGACAUUGAGGGAGACGGUAAGAAAAGCGAAGUCGAUGAAAAGAAGCUAAAAGAAACCAGAAUAAAACAGUUAAAAAGAGCAGAAAUCAUCGAUAAAUACGGCGCRAGAGAUGGAAGAAUGCGAUGGUCGUUCAUUGCCGAACAACAAGACUUUGAUGGACUUAUAAACGCGUUAAAUCCACGUGGCUAUCGCGAGCGUAUGCUACGUGAAGCGUUACAAUCCGAUUAUCGGUAUUUGACGAAAACCAUUGAAAAAUGUCCUUUCAGAGAAGAUUUCGUCCCACAGAAAAAAAUCCCGAAAUCCAGGCCUAGAAAACAACAGACCAUUGAUAGAARUCGCUACAAAAUCACUGAAGAGUUUUUAGAAGCAAAUCUACGUGACCAGAUCCUAGACCUCGAAGACCGUAUCUGGCAGGGAGGACUUGGAUCGACUAAGGUGGAAGACCGUAUUGCAUGGAGGGUAAAGSUCGAGAAUGGUAUUUACAGCCAUCUCAAGGACAACAUGGUUGAAAUUAAAACUGAAAACGGCAACAAUGAUGUUGAGAUGAAAGAUGAAAAAGACGAGUCUCUGUUGAAUGGAAAUUUCGAAAGCCCUCAGCCUAUGAACAYUGAAAAAGAACUCAAACAUGACCUAGUAGACGUGAAAAAUGAAAAUGCUGAAGAUAGUAAGGUAGUAUCCAAUGGCGAUUCAAAAGAUGAGGRAAAUGAUCCAGAAUUGACAAAGGUAGAGGAUCAAAAAGAGUCUCGUUUCUCAUCUAUCCCGAGCCAUCUUAAGCUGAAUCUUAACCAACCAUCUGUCUCACCCGACCAAUCACGCACCGGCACGCCUGUGAUAAGCUUGGCCCCAACCUCCAUGCCGGUAAAUCCAGCUGUGAAAGAACUGGCUUUAGCUUUGUUGAAGGUCGAGCAAGGCAUCGAAUCCAAGUAUCUAAGUCUACCACUCGGUGAAGAUGAAGAGACAAAGCGUCAAAGACAGAAAGAUGCUGCAGCUUUGGCCUUAGCCGAGUUUAACGAGAUGAUGCAGACUACAGAUGAAAACAAAAAGAAAAAAUCCAAGAAAACAGACAAAGAUGUCGAUAGUAAAACAAAAGAUGACAAAGAUGGAGAUGAGAAGAAAGAAGACGAUGACGAUAACAGCAGUAAUUCUUCUACACAAGACAUCCCUAGUAAACAAAAGACUUGCCUUGAAAGAUGGGAGGAAUCACUUACGGCAUGUUCUAGCUUGUCUCAAGUAUUUGUUCAUUUAAACACUCUAGACGGGUCCAUAACAUGGAGUAAGUCUAUAUUGAACGCAAGGUGUCGACUGUGUCGCAGAAAAGGUGACGGUGAGAAGAUGUUGCUGUGUGACGCUUGUGAUCGUGGACAUCAUAUGUAUUGCCUGAAGCCACCAAUCAAAGAGAUACCGGAAGGAAACUGGUUUUGUCCUGAUUGUCGUCCUAAAGAGCCUCGACGCAGUGAACGUCGUCGAAGGACACCUGCAAAAGACGACUAUGAGGAAGAGGAAGAAGAAGAUGACAGCGAAGAUGAGGAAGAGUCAGAGGAAGAGAGCGAGUUUGAAGAAAAUAGUGACGACGCGAGUGACGCAGGAUCAGAGCAUGUUGAUUURUGUGCUUUGUGCGAGGAAGAUGGMGAGUUGUUGUGYUGUGACGUCUGUCCUCUAGCAUAUCAUAUGGAGUGUGCAUACCCACCAUUACGACGUAUACCACGUGGCAGCUGGGCGUGUCAAGUGUGCACCGGAGCUGACGAUGAACGACCGAAAAAACGGCGAGUUAAAAAGUCAACUAUCAAAGCUGCACUUAACAACGUGAAAGAGAAAGAAAAGCAGAAAAACAGUAAAAAGUCAAGUACAGCCAAGUCAAAAUCCAAAAAAMGGGURCAAAAAGACAGCAACAMCAGYUCAUCAAAACGGCAGAGAACACGAGAAUCUUCCCCUACAUCAUCAAUAUCGUCUGYUCCAGCAUCAUCGAGAAGAAAGCGUCAUCUCCCGACAUCUCUGCGAUUAAAUGGUCGUUCUUCUGUUGAUUCGUCGCGUUCUCCAUCUCCUGUAAGGAGUAAACGGGAUCCUCGUCUAACGGGUAGAAUGAUAAAAUGUGGAAAGCUUGUCGACGAGGUCAUGCAGCAUGUCGAUGCUGAAUUCUUCCUGGAUCCUAUUAGUCUUGCUAAGUAUCCAAACUACAAUGGAAGUCCCAUAGACCUUGGUACCAUAAAAACAAAUAUACAAGAGAACGCCUACAACACUGUUGACGAUUUCAUUUCAGACGUAAGGAAAGUAUUCAUAGAUUGUGCCGAACAUUUCCGACCAAGGGCGAAGGAAGCCCGAGCAGGUGUUCGGCUCUCGGCUUUCUUCGAGACUCGUUUGUCUGAAAUGAGCUUAGACGUCAGUCAAAGAGCAGUACGAAGCACUCGACGAACGUGAUUUGAUUGGUUCAACUACACCAUUCAACGUAAURACUUAAUAUGAAAUAUCAUGUUUACUGUUAAAAGGAAACUCAACUGCUGCACAAAUGGAGAAAUAAUUGAACGAAAUGUCAUAAACAAUUUUUGUGAAUUACUCUGCGCUUUUGAUACUUUGUGAAGAUCUAUUUUUUGAGAUUGGUAUGUAAAGGACAAUGUUUGUAUUGAUUUGAUUAUGAACGCUGUGAAGAAAUAUACAUGUAACGAUAUUACAAA